GGGGCGCGAUGGCGGCCGAGCUGCGGGAGGCGCUGGAGCGGCGGCUGCGGGACCUGGGCAUCGCCACCGUCACCGCCGAGCACCCCCAGGUGUUCACUGUUGAGGAAAUGAUGCCCCACGUCCAACACAUGAAAGGAGCUCACAGUAAAAACCUGUUUCUUAAAGACAAAAAGAAGAAAGGGUUCUGGCUGGUGACUGUCCUGCAUGACAGGCAGGUCAAUCUGAACGAACUGGGUAAAAAGCUGGGCCUUGGAAGCGGAAACCUCAGGUUUGCUGACGAGAACGCCAUGCUGGACAAGCUGCGAGUGGGUCAGGGCUGUGCCACGCCGCUCGCCCUCUUCUGUGACCAGGGAGAUGUGAGGCUGGUGCUGGACGCUGCCCUGCUCCAAGGGGGCCAUGAAAAGGUCUAUUUCCAUCCAAUGACAAAUUCUGCAACCAUGGGCUUAAGCCCUGACGACUUCCUGAAGUUUGUGAGAUCAACAGGCCACGAGCCCAUCAUCGUACACUUCGAUGAAGACAUUAAGUAGAGGAAGUUCAUUUUUCUACUGCUACUCGUAGAUUUUUGUAGAGCAAAACUGGUGAAAAAUCUCAUUACAAAUAAAACUUUAAAAAAAAUGGCUUACUCCUUUUUCAUUUGUUUCAGUUAUGUAAAUUUGUAGCAUAUAAUCUGGUGAGAAAAAAAUACUGCCUUUCAGUUAUCAGGUUAACAGUGUUCUUAAAAAGACAUUUUGCAAUCUACCACUAAGUAGCUAGUAAGUAGAAAAGGCAUUAUUUAAAUACUACUACAGUCUUUAUCAGUAAAUGGAUAAAACUAGAAUUUCCCAGGCAUGGGACUGGCCUUGAAGGUUCAAACUUGACAUUACAAGGAAAGAACAAAUUCCAAGUUGUAGGACCUGUCAGUACCCCCAGGACAGAGUGACUGUCCCUGCACCCAUUUAUAUCUUACUACACAUUGCUUUCUUUUUAUUCUUUUUACCUAAAAAACCUAUACUACAGGAAAUGCACUUGAUUGUCAUUUUUCAAUCAAUCACGGUGUGCUGAAGACAGAAGCAGCAGAAAUUCCCUCAAGUGCAGUAAACAUCCCCUGGCAAUGAGCACCCCCAAAGCCAAAGCCAGGGGAGCAGUGAGUGAGGGAUGGAAUCUGAGGGUGAUGAGGGUGAAGGCUUUAGGAUGCAGCCCAAGGAAAGUGUCAGUACAAACAAAGCCUCCAGGGCAAGAGCAUCAGCAUGAACUGAAACCAAAACUACAGGAGCACAAAUGAAAAACAUGGAAAAGGAUUUGUGAUCUUGGGUGAAUGAACAAUUACUAUUAACUGAGUAGGAAAAAUCAUCAUCUACAUACAGUAAGGCAAGUUCCUUCACUCACAGCCUUACCACGUUUCAUUCAUCUGGAAGGAUCUGGCACCUUUCUUGGAGCUCUGAGUGACAGAACCCUUCACCAUCCAGCAGUUCCAGUUCUCCAGCUCUGACAGACACAAACCAACCCCAUCUAUCCUGGCGGCAUGUCCAGUGGGAAAGAAGUGACCAAAAAUGCUGCAGCUGUAGGAAGAGCACUAGAGAGAUGUCCAGAUCCAUGAGAUUUUACAGAAGGGAACAUCUGGUAUUUAGGAAUACUAGGCAGAUGAAUGAGCUGGACUGACAGAUGCACCACUAAAUUAGCUCCACAUUGAUACAUUAGGACGUGUCUUUAAAUCUAAUAUUUAUCUUCCUCUCUCCCUGCCAUUCACUCUCCCUCCCCCUUAAAGUUUUAUUUAUUGUGGUACCCCUAAAUCCCUUAGCACUUCAAAAACAAAAGAAUAUUAGAUUUGACUUGCCAAGGUUUUUAAAUGUGGAAUGUUUUAAAUGUGACAAAUUGUUUGAAGGAUGUGCGCAAUCCUGGAAUCUGCACUGCCUAAAGUGUGACUAACUUCAUCCUCAGAAGGGAUCCUGAGACUCAUCUCAGCAAAAAUAACUACCAGGCUUCAAAUACUACACCUGGCUAAUCUAGAAUGAUUUCUUUUUGUAUUUACUUAUGAAAUCAGUCUCUUUUUUUUUAAUAGUAUCAAAAUAGAGUACAGUUAAAAGCUACCCAGCUCUACACAAAUCACACAGAACAAACUACACAUGGUCCAGAAAAAUUCUGCUACAGUUUUAUCAGUUUCCUUCCAGAAGAAAUACUCACUGCACAAUCACCACGACACCAAUACCCUUCCAGUAACAUCAGUUUCCAGAAAAAAAGUGUGUAUAAAUAUACACACACAAAAUAAGAAUAAAAAUUAUUUGGUUUGGCAUUUUAAUAACAUCAUUAAUAAAUGUAUACAAUGGCAAACAUUAAAAAAAUCAAUAUGUAAAGGAAAUUACAGUUUUAAAUAAGAGCUUUUUAAGUUCUGAUUCACACCUCGGUACAUUCCUUUAAGGCAGUUUUAUUAAUAUCAAAGCAUUAUUUACAUAUACAUCAUCAGCUACCCCUAAAAAUCACACAUGAGCUCCCUUUGUUAGGCUGCAUCAUGUCCCGGACAAAAUUUAGAAAUAAUGAUAAUAACAAUAGGUGCUGGGAAUGUUACUAAAUCCUCAGAGACUAUCAGAAAAGCAAAUAGAACACACACAUUGUAUGGCAUGAGAACCUCCUCUGUGACCUGGAACUGGCAGUGCUGGGGUUGGCAUUCCUGGGGUACAAAGCUGCCACGUGCAUCCCUGGCAUUGGGAGCAGCAGGAACUGAAGCUGCUCCCAGGGCAAAUUUGGUUUUUUGUAUUUCCCUUGAAGGGCACAGAGUGGGAAGGUGAAGAAAGGAAGAAGGAAAGGGGAACUGGCAGAGCACAGAGAGCCACCUGACUGCUCCGGUGCCAAGGCAAAGCAAAGCAAAGCAGCUUGAGAGGAGCUGAGCUGGCCAGUGGAGCAGGAGGAUCCCUGUGUGAGGGAAAGGGCACGUCCAGCUGGGCUGAGGGCACUGACACUGCCCAGCAGGGCUCCACACACAGCAGGGUGUGCCAGAGUCAUGGCAGUGACAGUGCCAGACACAGGCACCCAGCUGGGACCCUGGCACCAUUUGGCACUGCAGUCUCCACCUCCUGGGUCAAGAGCAUUUUUCUGUAACAGCAAUGUGACAAAGGGCUCUGGCUGGGGGUUUGAGAUGCUCAGUCCUCUGUCAGCAGAGAGUGAGGAGAACCCAGGUCCUGAAAUGAGCUUGAACUCAGUCAUUCCAAGUGAAGAGAGAUUUUCCUGAUCUUUAUGGCCUUUGAGUUGUCUGUCAUACCCGCUAUGCCCUCAGUACAGAUCUUUUAGCCCAUUUUAUCCCAAAGAAAAUUUCAGAAGAAACUAAUUUUCAAGAAAACAAACGGAAAAUCUCUCCUUCUAAAGCUUAUUGUGCAUGCCUCUUUUUUUUCCCCGUUUUGAGAAGAUUUCAAGCUUUUGAAUGCUUUCAACUGCCUUCAGCAGGGGGCUCACCUUCUGAGGAAGCUGCAGGUGACAUUGUGCACCUCCUGCUGGACACUCGGAGGUGACACAGGGAACUCAGCCCCUCACACGAGGAACAGGAAUGUGCUUACUGGCUUUAAUAAAAUAGAACAACUCGUUUUGGGUCUCAGUUCCCAUCAUCUUCCUCUGAGCUCGCUGCAAAUCUUUCCAGACAAAUAUAUGCGACCACCAAAUGUACCAAUAAUGUUUGUUGACUUUAAUAUAAAUCAAUAAUGAACAAAAUGUAUCUAGUAAAAGAUAACCUUAGAGGGAACUGAUUGUAAAAUGCAUAUGAUAUUAUUUACAUUUCUUUUUGCCAUCAAGAAACCUCCUAAGCCACAAUCAGCUCAUGUCAAAAGACAAACAGU